GCGUGUUUAGAGAUGGAACAGACGUGAAGUUAGUAAAAUGGCGGAUUUUCAAACCUGCAAAACAGACUUACUUAUUUUUCAUGCUGUUUUACGUUCAUUGAGAUGUUGAUGUUGACUUCUUCGACGUUAUCUUGCGAGUUAUAGCAGUCUUUGAAAAAAAUGUAUUCUUCUACAUCUUUCAACAUUAGUCAUGAUAUGGCUUUGACAGCGGCAGGAAUGGAGCAAUCAAUAGAUGACAGAACCUUGUUCUGUACUCCUGCUCCUUUGGCUGCAUCAACUAUAGCAAGAGAUGCCAUUAGAAUGAGACAAAUGACAAUUCCAGACAUCAAAGGCUCCUUCUUGAAUGAAGAGUCACAGUUAUCAUCACAAUCAGAUUCUCUGAAUUUGUCCCAAGAACUGAUGCGACCCAACUUCAGUAUUACUGCUGAUGCUAACAUCAUCCCACAGCAGGCCAAACCUCAGAAGAUGGAUUCUGGUUCAGACCUCAUUCAUUUCUCUGCCAUCACAGAAAAAGAUGGAGGCACUAUUACACCAGAUGAAAAGAGUGAUUCACUAACUGAUGUCAGUUCAAGGUCCUCCAUGGGACUCAUACCAAAUGAACUCUUAAGUGAUUGUGAGCUCCUGGCGCCAGUUACUAGCAUUGCUGAUUUGUCAUCCAGCAUGUUACCAUUAAACACACCGAAAGGGGCUCCGUCCAAAGUGGGAAAACUUAAUUUUGGAUCAGUCCUGUCACCAUGCAGAGAGAUUGUAGGUGACUCAACAGAGUGGUCAGAUAGCUCAAAGCAAGACUCAAAAGAUUUGCCGAUGGGUCGGAGUCAUUUGAUAGACACUGUCAAGAAAAAGCCUCAGUUUCUUGCCGAGCCAUCGGUGAAGGUCGCUGGUCAUGGACAGAGAGCACUGGCUUUUAUUACUGAAGGCUUACUGGGUAAUGUUGAUGAAGGAAAUGAGCUUGAUCUCAGUGUCUGUGAUGUGGAGUUUGCUGCUGAAGAACUGCAAAAAUUGGAUGAAGAGUUCAGUGACAUAUGUGAAGAUAAAGACAGUGAUGAUGAUGAGAUCAGUGAUGAGGAGCCAUUUCUUAGUCUCCCAAUCAAAAGCAGAGAAAAGAAUCAAGAAACAGAUGUAGCAGAUAGUAGAACAAAGGACAUGGACAUGGAUUCCACUAUACAAAUGCAAGGUGGGGACCCACAAGCAGAGACUACAUUCCAUGAAGAGGAAAACAGGUUGGGAGAGGGUCAAGAGUCUGAUAAGGAUACAAAGGGCAAUCAGCAGGUAGCUGGCAUGAGCAAAAGUGGCUUACUAGAUGCAUGUUACUUUCACAAGACCCCUAUUCCUUUUCCUGGGGAUGGAGAAGACAUAGAGGUGACUUCUUUGCGUAGCAGCCACACCCUGACAAACCAGCGAGGUGCAGCUGAAGGUGAAAACCUUCUUGCAACACUCAGGCGCCAAUUCAUGAGUGGUGAUGGUAGUGAAAUUGACACGGAAGAUGAACUUGAAGCUGUGAGAGAGGAGCUGGCUUUGUCAGCCAGACAGAGAGGACACAGUGCUGAUAAAGCAAGAUAAUGGCAGAAGUGACUUGCCACACCAGG